AUGCCUUCACCCCUUGAACCAAUUUUACCUGAAGUUGAUCUCCCUGUAAUUGACAUCUCUGAAUUUCCUGAAGACUUGGACGGUGAAGAUCUGAACCAGAUUCGAUAUCAUCCCCUCCUUCCCAAACUCAGAAAGGCCUGCAAAGAAUGGGGAUUUUUCUUUCUUGUCAACCAUGGAAUUCCAGUAGAUCUCCUGCAAAGGGCUGAGAAUGUUUGCCGAGAUUUAUUAGCCGUGCCCACCGAGGUGAAAGAAAGAAUCUUAACAACAGGUAAUGUGUUCGAGACUCAUUACCGAGGUCCAAAUUUUCAGGGCUUUCGCCUUCCAGACCCGUCAAAUCCAGCUUUAGUUGAGAAACUGUGUGCAAAGAUAUACCCCGACGGAAACCCAAUUUUUUGCGAAACGAUUGCAGCAUACUCUUUGUCUGUAUCAAAUCUCGGAAACAGGAUCACAAAAGUAAUUCUUGCAAGCCUGGGGUUAGAUGCCAACGCUUUCUACCACUCUCACUUUGAGAACUGCGGAUCAGUAUUGCGUAUAAACGGGUAUUCAGCGGGGCAAUUAUCCAUGGGAGAGGAGACGCUCGUUUCCCAUACAGAUAUCGGGUGCCUCACAAUUCUUUACCAAGAUGAUGUGGGAGGCCUUCAGAUUCGAUCUGAGGAGGGCGAAUGGUUCAACGUCAAACCUCUCUCUCAUUCAUUUGUUGUCAAUAUGGGGGACUCCUUUACGGCGUGGAGUAACGGAAGAUGCCGCAGCGCAGACCAUCGUGUUGUUUACAAAGGUUGGAGAGAUCGAAUCUCAUUUGGCUUCUUCACUACGUUUCCAGAGGAUACUGAAAUCUGGGCACCUGUGGAGCUUGUGGACGAUGACAAUCCGAGGCGUUACAAGCCUUUUAUAUACUCAGAUUUCAAGAAACAAAUUAUGAGCGAUAAAGGAAAUAAAGAAAAGGCUACGGCUCUGGAUAAAUUCGCGGGUAUAUAAAGACGUGUUACA